AUGGUCGCCAUGACUGAAGGCCAGAAGGCCGUCGUGAGCCCCGAGGCUGUCGACUUCCUGACCAAGCUCAAGCAUCUGCCCUUUGCCAGCCUGCUCUCUGGCGUCCUCACCAUGCCGAGCCGCAUCACCAGCCUGCGCGAGACUGUCGCCAGCAACAUGGCUCCUGGAGAGGCCGCGCUCAUCGAGAAACACGACCUGCGCAUCAAGAGGGUCACGAUCGGGGGUGUGCCCGUCGUGGUGAUCGAGCCGCCCUUCAUCGCCCCCGAGAAGCAGCACAAGAUCAUGUUCAACGUCUUUGGCGGCGGCUUUACGCUCGGCAGCCCCCAGGACCGCGCGGCCCUCAUCACCGCCGCCGAACUCGGCGUCCGCGUCUACUCGCCCGACAUCACUCGCUCCCCGGAGGCCCGGUACCCCGUGGCCCGCGACCAGUGUCUGGCUGUCUAUCGGGCACUGAUCCAACAGGGUCCCCCAGGGGGCAGCGGCCCGAUCGACCCGGCUGAUAUCUACGCCCAGGGCAGCUCCUCUGGCGGCCAAAUCCUGCUCUCCAUGCUUAUCCGGGCUCACAUGGACAAGACGCCACUGCCUACAGCUGGACUGUACCUGUGCACACCUGCCGCAGACCUCUCUGGCGCGGGCGAUUCGCUCGUGUCCAACGCAAGAGACCGUGACGUGCUGCCGGGCAGUUUCCUCUGGAGCAUGGCGCAGCAGAACUACCCGCCCCUGGUGGACGGGGCCGCUGCGGGUGGGAGCUUCGACGACAAGGACCCGGAGUACUCGCCGGUCUACUACACGGGGUACGAGCCGUCGACGUUCCCCCGCACCGUCAUUACCGUGGGCACGCGGGACUUCCUGAUGAGCAGCGGGAUCAGGAUGUACUGGCGGCUGCGCGACGCCGGGGUCGAGGCGGAGCUGCUCGUGUACGAGGGCAUGUGGCACGGCUUCAACUGGGACCAGAACGUGCCCGAGGCGAAGAAGGCCCGGGAGGACGUGUUCAGCUUUCUCGAGCGCAGGGACAUAACGAAUAAGGCAUAG